GGAGAGUACGUCCUCCAACAACUUACAGCGUCACGUUCGAGUCUUUUGGGAAAAUGAUGGAGCUAGUCAACAAUGGAUAUUACGAGUCCCUUCCUUUCACUGUUGAUGGAUUCAAUUGGACGUUCAAAAUCUACCCAAACGGAAACUCGGACACCACAAGAGGACUUGUUUAUUGUUAUGUAAGAAUUGAUAACUCAAGCAUCACCGACCCACCAUUAGAUGUGUAUGCGGAGAUCAAGUUCUUCGUCUACAACUAUGGCAUUAGCGAGUAUUAUACAUACCAAGAAGUCGAGCCGGUAAAGUUUGAUAGUGUAGAACAGGAGUGGGGAAAGUGGAUUGGUCUGUAUACGUCAUCGUUUUCCAAGGCGACAAUAGAUCCAUACAAAUUCAUUACCGAUGGAGACAAAUGUGUGUUUGGAAUAGAUGUGUUCGUUGCUCAACGCAACAAAUCAGAAGUUUUCUCCUAUGAUGAAAACAUAAGCAACCCUGUUUUCACUUGGAACCUCCCCAAUUUCUCUACCCUCACUCUCGACUCUUACACAUCCGAGCCGUUUUCUUCUGGAGACAGAAACUGGGUUUUGAAAGUUUAUCCAAAUGGAGAUGGUGUUGGAACGGAUAAUUCUUUGUCACUCUACUUGUUGAGUGAGUCUAAUGAAAAGAAUUACGUUCGAGCCAAACUACGAGUUCUAAACCAAAUCGGAUCCGAUAAUGUGGAGAAGCCAGUUGAGGGAUGGCCUAAUGCAGCAGAAAAUGGAUGGGGUUAUGCGGAGUUUAUACCUCUUGCAGAUCUACAAGAUUCAACCAAAGGUUUUGUUGUGGACGAUGUGCUUCAAGUUGAAGUUGAGAUCAUGGCCAUCUCUAAACAAACUCCAAUUAAUUAGGGUUUGUGAGCCCUAAAACAACCUACCACUUUCCUUUUUUCUUGUGUUUUUGUUUACAAUGUCAUUUGUGCCUUGUGGGAGGUUUAAACGGGAGAUCUUUUUUGAAAAACUUGAGACGUUUUAUCAAUGGAUCGUCGAAGGCUUCAUGCAUACACAUGCAUCCUCUACUCGAAGCCAUGCGAGACCCCCUACCUCUAUCGUUUCUAUAUAUUUUCAAAAUAAUAAAGGUUUCCAUAAAAC